AUGAUGGACAAACUCCGCGGCGGCUUCUUGGCCGUUGCCCUUCUGCCUACCCUCAUCCUCCAUGCUGCGGUCACAACGGCCGCGCCGCUCAACACGACCGCCGUCAGCUCCGCCGACAACUGUGUUUGGGAGUUCAGCCCAACCAUCUGUGGUGAAGGAGUCAGCUACCAGGAGCUCGUCUAUCCCCGACAGCAGAUCUGCAUGCCUCUCCCGACUCCAAUGAAGAAUAUCUGGACGAACGAGUGCUCCAGUUGGUUCGGUGAGUUAGAAUGCCUUUUCCUGCGAAACAGUCCUUAUUUGAAAGUUGACCGCACACUGCGCACCGAAUAA